AAUGCGCAAUGAUAUUUUGUGUUUCCAGUCGAUUUUUCGACGGCGAGCCGUCAACAGUAAAGUCAAUGCUAAAAAGCAAACCUCCUCGGAUCUGUUGAGUUGACCGCUAAAGCUCCCUCGACACGCAAGAGACGGAUCAUGCCUUCGGAGAGGAUCGAGGAGUUCAAAAGGGACAUUCAUUGGCCAACUGUUCUCUGGUACAUACAUCUGCACGCCCUUGGAUUCUAUGGGUUCGUGAUUUUGCUCACAGAGGCGAAAUGGAUGACGGUGUUUUUCGCGCUGUUCACGAUACUGUUCGCGGGCCUCGGCAUCACGAUAGGAGCCCACCGAUUGUGGGCGCACAGGGCCUACGAGGCCUCGGGAUUCCUCAGAUUCCUCCUCAUGAUAGCGCACACGCUAGCUGGUGUGGGAAGCAUCUACGACUGGGUGCUGAACCACAGGACCCACCACCAGUAUUACGGAACGGAGCGGGACCCGUACAACCACAAGCGGGGCUUCUUCUACAGCCACGUGAUCAGCAACUUGCUGUCGAAGCACCCCGAAAAGGAGCGGCUCGACAGGGACAUAGACAUGUGCGACGUUGAUUACGACGGAUACGUCUGGGCCCAGAGAUGGUUCUAUUGGAUCUUGUUCCCGGUCGUGGGUCUGCUGCUGCCGAUCAACGCGCCGGCCGAGUACUGGGACGAGACGAUACCCAACUCCCUGCUGAUACUGGGCUUCUUCAGGCUGUCGGUCACGACCAACAUCUCGUGGCUGGUGAACAGCGCGGCGCUCGUCUGGGGCCUCAAACCCGGAGACAAAUACCCCGUUGACGAGAACAGUAUUUUCCUGAUAAAUAAGUCCUACUGGCCGAACUACCACUACCUUCUGCCGUGGGACUACAAGUGCGGCGAAUUCGGUACGUACGACCGGGGCUGCAGCACCUUCUUCGUCAAGAUGUUGGAGAACCUCGGGCUAAUCGAUGCCCUGAAGACCGCCUCGACCGACUCGAUCCGAGAGGCCCUUUACCAAGUGGCGAGCAAAAAGACCGACAUAGCGGAGGCUCUGGAAUCGGUGAAGGACAUCGCGGAGGAGGAGACCGUCAAGGCGAAACUUCGCUACCGACACUGAUGAUUUCGAUUUUCACUCUGUUCCUUUUUUUACCUCGAUGAUUUACCCUCACACGCAAAAUAAUAAUCACAUGCUUGCGACCUACACGCUA